GCGUACGCUGCAAGCCUACAGCGGGCCUCGGUCUGUACCCGCGCACCACUAUCUUGCCGCAUUCCACUGACUCGGAGCUACGGCGCGCCCCGCGCGUGCCUUCGCCGACCCACGCGCCCGCUUUGCUUCACUCGUUACUCAGUUGUUCAUGCGCGUUCAUCGUCUCUGUGCGUUUAAUAAAUUGCUGCAAAGCCCCACUCAUGAGAUCGCGCGACUAACAGUGAAGUGAAGUGCCAAUGGAUGCGGUUUACCACGGAACAUUGUGCUAUUGCAUUUAGUGGCAUUGGAUUUAUCUAUUCAUGGGCAAGUAACAGUGGUCUCGAGAUGCGACAUGCGCGCUCUGUGUUCGGUUCGCGGGCCGCUGGGCGGCGAGGCGCGCGCGCUCGCCGCGGGCGCCCGUUUGCUUUCUCUACGCAUGCCUGGGCAGCCACAACCACUACAUUUCGUCGUCGAAGCCAAAGCAAGAGUCAAAGAAUUAAAGUCCUUGGCCACCAGUCAUGCCCAGUUACAAGGCAUGACCGACACCGAUCUCUUCGGAUUAGCCAUAAUGCAAAAUGGAGAAUACUUGUUUGUUGACUUAGAAAGCAAAUUGUCAAAAUAUGCACCAAAGAGUUGGAGAUCAUCCCAUACACAUGGGUUGGAUGCAAAUGGAAAACCGCUCCUUGAGUUGCACCUAGUAGUUCAAUUCCAUGUGGAGAGUCCACUACUUUUGCAUGACGAAAUUGGACGGCACCUGUACUUCCUGCAACUACGGCAUAACGUGCGUACAAGAGAUGCGUUACCGGCGGAGGUACUUUUGCUUCUUACUGGUUUGGCACUACAAGCAGAAUAUGGUGAUGCAAAUUCAUAUGAAGAUCGAGACUAUUUUAAAGUUGAAGAAUAUGCACCCCCUUCUCUUACUGGAGAUUGGGUAUCAGCAGCAAUGCGAGCUUGCCAUAGGGAACACUGCGGCCUUGCAAAAACAGAUGCACAAAUUAGAUUUAUACGAGAAGUCUGUCUACUUCCUGAUACAAUCAAUUCUCACAGGUACCGUUUGAAACAGUCUAAAACAGAACCAGAUACUGGGACAGUAUGGCUUCUUGUUACAGCUAAAGGCAUUAAAAUUCUACCAGAUAAUGGGCCGUUGUCUAAUUUCGUGUGGAGUGCAAUUGGAAAACUAAGUUUUGAUAGAAAAAAAUUUGAAAUAAGAACAGAUGAAGGAAAGAUCACACUGUAUUCAUCUAGUGAGGAAAAAUGUAAAUAUUUAUUUGCUUUAUGUAAAGAGACGCAUCAGUUUUCAAUGAAGAUCGCACCAAAGUUUAAUGAAAUCUUACUAAAAGAAGAAGAGGAACGCAAAAUUUGUUACGGAUAUUCCAAAUCUUUAAACCUUCAAUACAAUCAAAAUAAAAGUGAACAAAGAAUAUCAGUUAUUUCCACUACAAGCUCAAAUACAACUUCUGGGAUAGUGAGUGACAGAGUUCAAUCCGAAGAUGAAUUGGAAAUUAUGAUAGACUCACCCCCGGCACCUUCUACUGAAAGUUUAGCAUUUGCUCAUUUACUAGAUUGUUCAAAUUCAUAUUUUAUUCGACAUAUUCCACAAGCUGAACCACUUACCAAGACAUCGUCUUUACAAUUACAAUCUAAAUCUAAAAGUAGAACUAAAAAGUGUAAAGAAGAGUGUGAACAUGUUGCAAAAAACGAUAAUAAAAUAUGCGCUUCGGAUGUAAGUAAAAAAUCUCCAAAUCAAUCAGAAGAAACUACCUCCUUGCCUGAACAAUGCGUAGUUGAAACAGGUAGCCCUGUAUCAAAUAAACUUAAAUGUACAGGAUCACAGUGUUCUUCGUCAUGUAGUACAGUCAUUAUGGCAAGAGCUGGUCUGAGCACAUUAAGCAGAACCUCUGAUGCUAGUAGUUUAGAAUUAGGUUUUAGCCAUACAGCGCAAAAUUCUAUGAUAAGUGAUAAUAGCAUAGUUGGUUUAAAUGUUGAAUAUUCACGAGACACUGCUCUAACUUUAUAUGACGGCAUAGGCCAAGCUGUUACUGUAGCUGCAUCUAGCGAAACAAGUGGUGUCUAUACAUUAGGUAGUUCAGAACUUACUACUCAAUCAAAAAUUGAUACAUUGUCCGAAGAUAGUCGCACAGAAUAUAGUGGUUCGCAUUAUGACAGUUAUAAAACUUCUAAAAAUAAUGAUCUUGCCGAUUUCGAUAGUGUAUCAUCAAUAUUAAAGAGCAAAUCUGAACGAAAUUGUCAUUCCUCUGAUACCUUGAGAUUAAGAGUGUCACUCACAAAUACUGAUUGUGUCGACGGUGCUACUAACUUUUCAAUGCAAGAUCGUGCUGAUAGUAGCAAUAUAUUCAGAGAACGAACUAAUUCCAACGUGAGUGCCGUUUCAUUUCAUGGCGAUGGAAGUGAUCCUACAGACAAUAAGCAUAAUUUGCUUACGGCUACGGAAUUAACUGAUUUGAUUGUCGGGCGUGGUGUUUAUCCAAAAAGCCAAUCUGUAAGUGAUACUUUAGACUCAGUAUCGGACUACGUCAGGCUUCCUUUACCAUUUUGUGGAGACAGUUACAUUAAGGGGCAUGAAGAUACUGCUCCUUCCGAUGACAACUAUCCCAAUACAUCUUUCUUUGACAGACCACCGACACCGCCAGCGAGAAGUGAUAGUCGUAAACUACUCAAUUUAUCUCUACCAAAUAUACUUGAUAUAGAUGAAAACGUGCCUGUGAGACCUACAUUUCACGACAAACCUCCACCGCCUUAUGAAUUCAACCAUAAAACAUUAUCAUCUUAUCAUCUCAGCCCAUCAAAGGCACCACCAGCAUACCCUGGAUCGACAUCUUCGAAUGUGUCGUUAAGACAAGCUGGAGAAAAAGAAGAAGUGGCAGCCAGAUUAGUAACAUCAAAACCUAUGAUAACGAUUCUUAAAGCUGAAGCAGGAGAUGUUAAUGCUUCUAUUGAAAGAACAUUCGCUAGUCCAAUGGUUCUGGAACAUCGAUUUCAAAAAUCAAAAAGACAUCAAGCGUCAAGCCGUAGGGCAGAAAGAUCAAAACUAGCUCAAGGAAUUAAUAGUAAUCUAUCACCAACUAGAGAAAUUCCUCCUCAUGGAGUGGACUCCAAUGUAUUGGUAGCUAUGAUGAAAUUGCCUCCACCGCCACCACCCCCUCGACGCACACGUUUACCGCCUCCUCCGCCUGCUGCACGACUACCUCCACCACCACCACCGCAUAAUCAGAUUUUUCAUCAACAAUUAUAUAGCGAUGUAGACUAUGUCUAUUAUCCUUUACAAGACCCGGCUGUGUCACAACAAAACUAUAUUGAUCAUAAAUUAACUGAAUCGAGAGUGACGAAUAUGCAUAAAAGCAGUCUACAAUAUAGAAGCACGCCUUAUUUAUCAACAUCUAUAUCAGGAACAUCUAUGUAUGGAUCAAUACAAAAUCUUUCAGACUCAUAUGUACAACUUCCCGGUACACGAGCCAGCUGGUACUCCUUAACAAGUAGAACGUCAUUAAGUAAUCAUUCCAUUAAUCUUGACCGACCUAUAAGGCCUACGCGUGUUCCCGAAUUACCGAAUUUCUCACGGACAAUGUCUGACGAAAACAUAUUGAAUAACAAAGACCCGCCGCCAAUAAAGAUAAGACGCAUGCCUCCACCUCCUCCGCCACCAUAUGAACACAAGAAAAAACUUCCAACGCAUCUUAGGGAAAUAAAAGUUCCAAAUUCCACGACAAUUAUGAAUAAUGCCGCGAGUGAAAGUAAAGCGAAAGACACUAAUUGUGAUUUAGAUAUAAAAAUUAUUAGAGAAAAAAGCAAGAACUUAGACUUGCCCCUUAUAGCAGCAUUGUGUAAUGAUCGUUCGCUGCUAAAACAAACUAAAGCUUUUGGUGCUCCAAAAUUAAGUAAACAAACAGGCAGUGACUGUGAAAGUGAACGUAAGUGUGCCAAGUCAGUUCAGAACACCACCGAUAACAUAGAAGUUAAGACUAAACAAGAAUGUAAUGUUAAAAAAACAAUGCCAGGUUCUCAAAAGAAAAUGUUAAUACGAAAUCCCACAGAUAAACUCCCAGCAUUGCCAGGUUCCGAAAGUCACACGCCUAGAGCAAUGUCCAACACUUAUGUUAUGCAUCCAAGCGUAGUUAAAGUAAGAAAAAAUCAAUCUAGUUCAUGACAUAUAACAACAACUUGUGAAUCCUUCCAGUGCUAUGAGCAUACAACCACCGAAUUUAAUGCCAUAAAGACUGAAUAACAUUCUGAAAAUAAGGUUGGUCUACGCUUGUAUGUUUUGUCACAUAUUAACUAUUAGCAAAAUACUUAUAAUUUAUAUUAAUAAAAAUAAUAAUUUAGGUAACAAUAUACUAAAAUUUAAUUAUUAAAUUGGACAUCAUACCUACAACUGUAGACCUAUCUUAAUCAUUAUUUUAGGCAAUUAAUGUAUCUUAAUUACUAAUAGUAAUAAUCUAAUUCUUUAAUAUGAACUGUCUAUACAGAUCUAUAUGACAACUAAUAAAACAUUAUCAUAUGUGAAGUAAUUUAAGAAAAUCCAAACCAAAGCUCUACAUCUGCUAGAUAUUGGUAUUAUGCUAUGAUUCACAUAAUAUGUAUUUAUUCUCCCAUAGACCAAUCGAAAAAUUAAUCUAUUUUAUUUUAUAACGUUAGACAAUUUGCGCAAAUAGCAAGUAAAACGAUGCAGUUGGUCUCAAAUAGAUUGAAUGUGAAUUACGAAUAACUCGAACAAAAAGCAUAAUGCUAUAACUGACUAGAAAAGUGUAAUGUGAGAAAACUCUUCUAUUAUUGUUAUUGAACAUUAAUUCUAUGGGAACUAACAUUUUGCUCUAAUGUAUAAAAUGCUGCAAGAACAGCCAUCAAAUAUUUAUUUCAAUGAAUAAUUUUUUUAUUAUUUUUAAUUGCCAGUACUUGAUACAAAUAAUUGACCACUUAUUUCAUCGUUUUUCCAAUAUACCUAGGUAUAUUUCUUGCAUAUUUGUGGAAUAAGUCGUAUAACACAAUGCCAUUCUGUUAAUUAUAACAUUUUGCAUUUUCAUAAAACUUUGAAAUACAAAUACCUCCUAUCACAUAAGAAAAUUAACUAAAUGUCUAAAAUCUUGACGAGUAUAAUUGAUCUAAAUUAAGAAUUGAGAACCUGGUCUAAUAAUGAUUACUUGUUUUACAUAGUUUUCUGUUAUAAUGUAAAUAGUGUAAUAAUAUAUUGCUACACGCGAUUGUGAAGUAAUUUCUAUAUAUUUGCCGCUCUACGCGAGGGAAAGGGACGCGUUCCAUCUUCUGCGGAUUAUAUUGAGAUGGGCAUACGAGUGUAUAGCAUGAUCCUCGAGAGUUAUAUAUGGCAAUGGAAUAUAUACAUGUGACAGACAACAAAAAAGGGCCGAAUCAUACCGUGUAAACAAAAAGUACCGCUUCGCACUGCGUUUUACAAACAUCAUUAAAAUAUUAAAAAUUAAAAUUGGAACAAGUUUCUACAAUAUGUCACAUUUAUAUAAAUCACUAUUUAGGUACGAAAUGUUAUAAAAUUUUUAAAUCAAUUAAAUUUUUUUUAUACAGUGGUAAUCUUAUUUGGAUAUAUUUAUUUAAUUAUUACUCAAAAUUAUAAUAUUUUUUAAGAUAAUUAUUCGGAUUUAUUUGUAUAAGGCUGUGUUCUAGUAAAGUGUAAACCUAUUGCGAUAAAACAAUAAAACUAUAUAAUAUUAGAUAUUUUAAUGAAACCAUAAUAAUGAUAACAAAUAUAUCUGAAAAUUAGUUUCCCCUUGCAAUUUUUAACAAUCUGCAUGAAUCAAUUAGAAAUAUGUUCAAAUUGAUAGCAAAAUUUUUAUUCAUUGUUAUAUUCAUAUAUUGUAUUAGGUAUCUUGAUAUACCUUGGUAAAACAUCUUAACUUUUAUAUAUAAACCGUGAUAAACACAAGGACUACAUAAAAAGAAUUCCGCGCUAUUAUGUUCCCUAAACAAUAAAUAAUCCCUGAUCAGUUUACACAUAAUACAAUAAAAUCAAAUGGGCUUCAUAUUAUGUAUUAUGCACAAAGCCAAGCGCGACCUAGCAAUGUUAUAGUUUCCGCAAGAAUUAUACCAACACAUAGAUAUAUUUGAUUCAGAUAGGAUCGCUAAGCUGACGAGAAAUCCUUCUUUUUGUCCAUAUUGUGUAGCAUACCAAGUAUUUUGAUAUUCGCUAUUAAAUAGGGAAUGUAAUGUAGUAACAAAAGAUAAUAAUAACAAAAUACUCGCUGUUUGAAUAGUAUCUGAUGUAAAAUAAUUUGUAAUGUAAUUAGAACUGAAGUCAUUACUUAGGUUUAGUAAAUGAGUAAAGCGUUAUUAUGUCAACAACUAUUUAUUUGUUUACAAAUUAUAAUGUACAUAAUAUAAUAAUAAUAAUGAAUAUACUAAGUACAUAAUACCUAUUUGUUUCAAAUGUGUACAAAUGUAUAUUAAAUUUUAAUGAUUGUA